UCACGAUUAGGUGGCAGCCUCUUCAUCUACAAUAAGCGCAGCCAACUUCGAGAGUCUUGUUCUUUUUUCCGGUUGACUUUGACUAGCAAGAUGCCAGGUGUCACAGUGAAGGAUAUUGAUCAACAUGCCGUUACCAAGGCGGUCGCUGUUUUCCUUAAGAAAACUGGCAAAUUGAAGGUGCCCGACCAGAUGGACAUCAUCAAGACCGCCAAAUUCAAGGAACUGGCACCCUACGAUCCCGACUGGUUCUAUGUGCGUUGUGCCUCCAUAAUGCGCCAUCUCUAUCAUCGCAGUCCAGCUGGUGUUGGCUCCAUCACAAAGAUCUAUGGCGGACGCAAACGCAACGGUGUGCAUCCAUCUCAUUUCUGCCGUGCCGCUGACGGUGCUGCCCGCAAGGCACUGCAGGCUCUCGAGCAUGCCCGCCUUGUUGAGAAGCACCCCGAGGGUGGCCGCAAAUUGAGCUCGAUUGGACAGCGGGAUCUGGAUCGCAUUGCCAAUCAGAUCGUCGCCAAGCAGCGAGACGCUGCCAAACAAACUGGCCCAAUUGUUAUUUCCAAGUAAAAUUUUAUAUGUGGACAACGCGACGAGAAGUCUAUAAAAAUACAAAUCUUAUAUUUUAGACUUGUAA